AUGAAGUUAUUUAUUCUGCUCGUCUUCCUCGCUACGUCUCUCGCGAAGAAUGUCUCGCUUAAUGUUCCCCUCACCUCCAACUCGACCAUCAGACCAAUCGACGGCGUAUGGCAAUCUUUUUCGAUCGAGUACUCGUACAUGGCGGAUUAUUUUGGGAACAAGAGUCAACCCAACACAUUCAGUAACAACAUCCUCCAAAGCUUGAAGGACCGAUCAGGGAAGAACGUUAUACUUCGAGUCGGAGGAUCCACAGCUAAUCGCGUCGCCUACAACGCAUCGCAAGAGGAAGCCGUUAUAAACGUCUUUGGAUCUAACCCCGAUCAGCCCUCGCAUGUCUACAUCGGGCCGGUUUGGUACGAGGCUUUCCAGACAGCACCAGAAGGAACCCUAGUUAUCUACGACGUCAACUAUCGUGACAACACCUCGGCAGGAGUAAAUGCUACCAUUGAGGACGCUCGUCGCGUGUGGGAUCAACUCGACAAUUUAUACGCAUUCGAACUUGGAAAUGAGGUUGAGGGCUGGGGAAAGAACGGACGCACAUCCGAUUGGAGUCCGGAGUUAUAUGUUCCAGACUUCCUGAAGUAUACUUCUCUCUUAGACUUCGUGGACAAGCCUUUCUUCCAAGGUGGUGUCUUGCAAGGAAGCGGAGGGGCGUAUAUCAACGAGCCAUGGAACUCAGUUCGACUUCUUGAGUUGGAACUGAACCGAGAUGGAGAUAUAAAAGCUAUGUCGCAGCAUGACUACCAUGGCAAUAACUGCGACACCACCGACGAGAUUCCGGAGGUCCGACAGAACUUACUUAACCACACCAACGUCAUCAACCGUGUGUGGCCUCACAAGCAAAUGUCAUCAGUCGUGGCAGCUCAGAACGUCGAAUAUGUGUUAGGCGAGACAAACUCGAUAUCCUGUCAAGGCAGAGACAACGUGUCCAAUGUCUUCGCCUCUGCGUUGUGGUACUUAGACUACAACUUGUACGUGGCUGCCCAUACAGAAGUAGCCAAGAUGUACUUCCAUCAAGGAACGCCAUACCGGUACAGCAUUUGGGCUCCAGAUGAGGCAAGGCCGAUAUACUAUGGAGCGCUGCUUCUGGCGAAGGCGUUGGACGGAGAGAAGCAGGUCCUUUCGGUAGCGGAAGAGGAAACCUUCGUGGCGUACUCUUUGUAUUCGAAAAAUGAGCUGGACUCGGUCAUCGUGGUAAACCUAGAGCCGUAUAACGCGACCGGAAAUGCAACAACUGGGAGAAGAUUUGUUGAUGUACAGCUUCCAGCAGCAGCGAAGAAGUUGUGGAGAUUGACUGCACCUGGAGCGGAUGUGAAGACUGGGAUAAGGUGGGCUGGACAAGCGGUGCAGGAGGAUGGCACGAUUGGAGAAGAGAUUACAGAGGAAGUUGGACAAGUGGUGCGAGUGCAAGAUUCAGAGGCCGUACUUGUAAAGUGGUAG